GAAUUUUUCUUCUCUACUUUCGUUUACGUUCCAAAGAAACAUUUCACGCUCUCUGGGAAUCUGUGAUUUUGAACCUCUCAUGGCUUCUUCUUCUUCUUCUUCUUCACGUCGCACCUGGAGAUACAAUGUCUUCACGAGUUUCCAUGGACCAGACGUCCGCAAAACAUUUCUCAGUCAUUUACGCAAACAAUUUAACUACAAUGGAAUUACAAUGUUCGAUGAUCAAAGGAUCGAGAGAAGCCAAAUCAUCGCCCCAGCUCUCACGGAAGCGAUUAGAGAAUCAAGGAUCGCUAUCGUAUUGCUCUCGAAGAACUAUGCUUCUUCCAGUUGGUGUUUGGAUGAGUUGUUGGAGAUUUUAGAUUGCAAAGAACAAUUAGGGCAGAUUGUGAUGACUGUCUUCUACGGAGUACAUCCUUCUGAUGUAAGGAAACAAACUGGAGAUUUCGGGAUUGCUUUCAAUGAAACAUGUGCUCGUAAAACAGAGGAGCAGAGGCAAAAAUGGAGCCAAGCGUUGACCUAUGUGGGCAACAUCGCUGGAGAACAUUUCCAAAACUGGUUUGCGUUUUAUACUUUUAUGUCGUAGGAUAUUAAUUGUGAUGAAUUGGAGUUUAUGAAUUAUAGUAUCAAUUCUUGAUUUUGUUUUUCUCAUGAAUAGGCUUUUUUUCUUUGUCUUUGGUUAGGGACAAUGAAGCGAAGAUGAUAGAGAAGAUUGCAAGUGAUGUUUCAGAUAAACUCAAUACCACACCGUCUAGGGAUUUUGAUGGCAUGAUUGGACUUGAAGCUCAUUUGAGAAAAAUAGAGUCUUUGCUUGAUUUAGAUUAUGAUGGAGCUAAGAUUGUUGGAAUCUCUGGUCCUGCAGGCAUUGGUAAGAGUACCAUUGCCAGAGCUUUACAUAGUGUACUAUCUAAACGGUUUCAGCAUAAUUGUUUUAUGGACAACCUUCAUGAAAGCUAUAAGAUUGGUCUUGUUGAGUAUGGUUUGAGGUUGCGGUUACAAGAGCAACUUCUUUCAAAGAUUUUGAACCUAGAUGGCAUUAGGAUAGCCCAUUUAGGUGUGAUACGAGAGAGGCUACACGACCAGAAGGUUCUUAUCAUUCUUGAUGAUGUGGAGAGUCUAGAUCAACUUGAUGCUUUGGCUAAUAUCGAGUGGUUUGGUCCUGGAAGUAGGGUCAUAGUGACCACUGAAAACAAAGAGAUUUUACAGCAACAUGGUAUCAGUGAUAUAUACCACGUGGGUUUUCCAUCAAGUAAAGAAGCUUUAAUGAUCUUUUGUCUAUCCGCUUUUAGACAACUCUCUCCACCUGAUCGGUUUAUGAAUCUUGCUGCUGAAGUUGCAAAGCUUUGUGGUUAUCUUCCAUUGGCUCUGCAUGUUUUAGGGUCAUCAUUGCGGGGAAAGAACUAUUCUGACUGGAUAGAAGAACUACCAAGAUUGCAAACUUGUCUUGAUGGAAGAAUUGAGAGUGUAUUGAAAGUGGGCUAUGAAAGUUUACAUGAGAAAGACCAAGCUCUAUUUCUCUACAUUGCAGUCUUCUUCAAUUAUCAACAUGCUGAUUAUGUGACAUCCAUGCUGGCAAAAACUAACUUGAAUGUUAGACUUGGGUUAAAAAUAUUAGCCAAUAGACAUCUUAUACAUAUAGGUCAUGGCGCUAAAGGUAUAGUGGUAAUGCACCGUUUGCUAAAAGUAAUGGCUAGACAAGUCAUUUCCAAACAAGAGCCUUGGAAACGCCAGAUUCUUGUAGAUACCCAAGAGAUUUCUUAUGUUUUGGAAAAUGCAGAAGGUAAUGGAUCAAUCGCAGGUAUAUCAUUUGACGUAGGAGAGAUCAACAAAUUAACAAUAAGCGCUAAGGCGUUUGAAAGAAUGCACAAUCUUUUGUUGCUAAAAGUUUACGAUCCGUGGUUUACUGGAAAAGGACAAGUGCACAUUCCAGAGGAGAUGGAUUUUCUUCCUCGCCUAAGCUUACUUCGUUGGGAUGCAUACACGAGAAAGACCCUUCCUCGUAGAUUCUGCCCAGAAAAUCUCGUCGAACUCAACAUGCCGGAUAGCCAGCUCGAGAAGCUAUGGGAAGGAACUCAGCUGCUUGCAAAUCUCAAAACGAUGAAGCUCUCUAGGUCAUCUCGUUUGAAGGAACUCCCAAAUCUUUCAAAUGCUAAAAAUCUGGAGCGUCUGGAUUUGCAUGAAUGCGUUGCUUUGUUAGAGCUUCCAUCCUCAAUUUCUAAUCUUCAUAAACUAUACUUCUUAGAGACGAAUCAUUGCAGACGUCUACAAGUCAUUCCAACUCUCACCAACUUGGUAUCUCUCGAAGAUAUCAAGAUGAUGGGAUGCUUACGACUGAAAAGUUUUCCAGAUAUUCCUGCCAACAUCAUUAGGCUCUCUGUAAUGGAGACUACGAUUGCAGAAUUUCCCGCGUCACUUAGGCAUUUCUCGCAUAUUGAGUCUUUCGAUAUAAGUGGCAGUGUAAAUCUCAAGACCUUUUCAACACUUCUCCCCACGAGUGUAACAGAGCUACACAUAGACAACAGUGGUAUUGAGAGUAUUACAGAUUGCAUCAAAGGUCUUCAUAAUCUACGUGUCCUUGCUCUAUCAAACUGUAAAAAACUCACGUCAUUGCCGAAGCUUCCUAGUUCACUCAAAUGGCUACGGGCAAGCCAUUGUGAAUCACUGGAGAGAGUAAGUGAACCUUUAAACACUCCAAAUGCAGACCUUGAUUUCAGCAACUGUUUCAAAUUGGAUCGACAAGCGCGACAAGCGAUUUUUCAACAACGGUUUGUUGAUGGGCGAGCUCUCUUACCAGGAAGAAAAGUACCUGCACUGUUCGAUCAUCGAGCCAGAGGAAAUUCAUUAACAAUUCCUAAUUCUGCUUCCUAUAAGGUUUGCGUUGUGAUUUCUACAGAGUUUGAUCAUAAAGACAGAGAUUCUACCAUAGUUUCAAGACUACUGUGUCGUUGCAUAGUCAUCAGCAACUCAGUAAACUCCACUGACAAGGAGUUUGUACUAACGGAUGUCUAUAAAUAUCGAAUGGAACAUCUAUUUAUAUUUCAUAUGGUGAACCCGGUGUCCUUUUUCUACCCCUCUAGCAGAGAGAUAGUGCUCGAAUUCAGCAGCAUACACAAACAUUUCGACAUUGUUGAAUGUGGUGUCCAGAUCUUGACGGAUGAAACAGAGCGAAACAACAAUGUGGGUUCUGCAGAUGAAGAUGAUCUCUGGUAUAUACAUGAAUUCAGCGAAUCGUUACGCAAAGAAGAAAAAGAUAAAGAUAGCGUCGCUAAAUCUGAAUCCUGCGGAGCGUCAGAAAAAGAAGAUGAGGAAGCAACCAAAGACAAAGAUGAGGAUAUCGCCGAACACAGUGAUUCCGAAUCCAUAUCCGAGAACCGUCCGAGGAAGAGGACGAUGAUAAGUGCUACUACUAAUCUGAAGAAAUGGUUUCUCUGUCUUUUUCUUUUCUUCUUUUUCUCUUUUGCUUUUGUUAAAUUCUCCAUCUACUUUGAUCUUUUCUAACAUAUGCCUGUAAUUCCUUGCUAUAAUAGGUUAGUAGUAAGUAGCUCAGUAAAAGUUCCCUCACUUCAUAUGGAGAUGAACAAGACUUGUAUUAUGUUAUUUUGGAUUAUAUAUGUGAUAGGGUAUUUUGUAUAUAUGACAAAUUAUGUAACAAAUUUUUUCAUGUUACAUAGUGGGAAGAAGGAGAAU